AUGCCUGAAGUACAGUUUAAUGACGCCCAAAUUGAAAUACUCAAUGCACAUUUGGAAGAGUUCUGGGGUGCAAAUUUUCUACAAUGGGGACGUGUACUUGAUAAUACCUGGGAUGAAGUCAGGGAAAUUUUGAGAGGACAUUGGGUCAGGCAUUGGUUGUACAACCAUAGUGGUAACAAAGAGCCUGGGAACAAGGUUUCCAGGCAUGGAAAGUAUUUAAGUCUGAACCAAGUGCUCAACUUAGUGAAGAAGGAGGUGGAGAAGAGGAUGUGGGACCUUUACGGAGUCAAGCCAAGGCACGAGGAGGAGCUAGCUGAACUAAAAGAGAAGUGUGAGAAGUGGUAUAUUGAUGGGCCAUCAGAGGAAGUGAGACAAAAAGCUGCUGAAAUUAAGGGUAGGAAAGUAGUGAAGGACUUCCAGAUGUGGAGCCGGGAUCUGGGAAUGUUGAGUUUUGUGCUCACUGCCCAUAGAGAUACAAAUGGAACCAUUUGUGUGUCCUUCCAUGAGCAAAAUGACAAAGCUGGGUUUGAGCUUUUUAGUAAGGUACAACCCAACUGGCAAAACAUAAAGAUAUGGGAGGCUUGGGGCAAGUAUGCACAAACUGAUAUAGAUGGGUCUGUGCCAAAGGAGAGCCUACCAAGCAAGCAGAAAGAAAAGAUCAAGCUUCCACUCAAUGAUAAUGGAUAUCCCAUCCUUGUAGAUGAGUAUCUGUCUUCCCCGGCAACCUUUUCAGACUUGCAGGCUAUCAUCAGUCUGCACCUGGUAGCCAAUAAAGGAAAGGGUAAAGAGAAGGCAGUAAUGAAGAGAGUCCUUCCCAAAGCGGGAAUGGUUGUACCCAGAAGCAAAUCCACAGACAAGGAACAAGAGGAGAAAGAGGGGUUUGAUGAAAUUAUAAGUGAUGAUGAACACGGUGCCAAUGUUCAAAACCAGCUGCAAGGUGUAGAAGAAGUGGACAAGGAUAGUCCCCGGCAUGCAUCUAUUACAUACAAGUCUCAGAGGAGGUUCCUCGCCAGGUUAUGUACUGGAAAGGAAUACCUGAAGUUGGUGGAUGCAGUGUACCAACUACCAAAGGACAAGCCUGGGCACAGCUCCCAGAGUAAUGGCCAGCCAGAGGAUUACUUGGACUACUGGCUGUUAUGGGUCUCAUGGGGCUAUGUCCAUAGCAUGAUUCCAUUGGAGAUUCACCAAGGAAUGCUGCUCCGGGACCUUCAUACAAUCCAAAUUGCUGAUGAGGACAACGACCUGACAUGGUCAUACAUUGAGUUUGCCAUGGUGGGCAAAACUAUCCUCCAAUUCCGCAGGGACAUGGCCAAGGCAAUAUAA